GCCCCGGCGCUCCCAGGAGAGCGGGGUCCCUCGUUAGCCAGCCCGUGGCUUGGCCGCGCAGCUCCUCCGGCGACCGGGGAGGCUUGCUGAGGCACCGUAACUUUUGUCCAUCGCGCCCCACAGCCGGCUCGCAGCCCGAGCCCAUGCCGCCCGCCACGGCACCGGGGGCCGCCCGCGGGGCGCGGUAUCCUCCACGGCCACCCCCGGGCGCGGGGUGGGGGGGGGCGGCGCAGCGGGCCCCGGCCGCCGGCAGCCCCCCUGGCCGGCGCCCACGCCCAGGCGCUGCCGUGCGGCAGACAAUGGGGGCCGGCAGCCCCGCGCCCGCCGGGCUGAGGCGGCGGUUACUCACCGAACAAGAGCUCACGGCAAGCAGCAGUGGCCGAGCAGCAUCUGGGAUCACCAAGCUACGUCUAUGAACUCCUUUAUCUGCGGAUUAUCUUGGGCUCCUGGAACUAAGGAUACAAGGCUGAUUCCCCAGAAGCUGCUGGAAUGCAACUGCAGAGCAAUGGAAUGUGUCUUAUUUUCUAAGGAAACAUUAUGAGUUCUUUACAUAACAUUACUUCGACGUUAUAGUAAUGACUUCCAGAAGAAUGCUGCUAAUUGCAAGGAUGAAGAAAUAAGUCUGAAGACAGUGCUGCCUUUUAGAACAAUUAUAAUUUCAUUAAAAUAGGAACAUAACUUAAAGAUAGAUUUUAUUCUCUUUGAUGAUUUACUCAUGCAAACUGCACAUAAAAGAAAACAGUACAGUUUGUGAAACAUGUCAAAUGUAAAGACCCAAAAUGCUAAGUACAGAAGUAGUGUGACGUACGUCUCAAAACGGAAUCCGUGGUAGUACGACAAAUAACUUUUCUCUAUUUGCUGAACACAGAUUUUAAUGGUUCUUCUUCCAGCCCCACUGUUAAAUUCAUUAACUGUUUACAUGUCUCCUAUACACUUAUGUAGACUUAUUUUACAAGCGUGACAGUUUUGUUAUAAAAAAACUCCACUUAUAUAAAUAUGAUUUAAAAGCUUUUGUGUUUAGGAGAGCAAAUUAUGGUAUAACCAACGAGGCCUUAUCUAGUCCACCAAAACUACAAUGAAAAAUGACUGUAUAGCUUUCUUGCAGAAUUCACAUUUUGUGCCUUUGCAGUUAAUUUCCUUCUCACAAGAGGUCCAUUGUAUUUCACCAUCCUGGAAACGUUCAGUAACUGUUACAGCUUUUUAUCUUGAAAUUGGGAAAGUAAGACUUUUAAACACAUGAGGUUAUCAACUCAACUUUCUUUGUUUUAAAAUACAAAAUAUUUAGAAUCCCUAUUAUUUUCAUGCUUAAAGCCCUGCAAUGAUACAUAUAUGACUUAGAUACUUCUUUGUCCAGUUUUCAUUAUAGUAUGGUUGUAUAUAUAUCUAUUGUAGAAAUUGUGAUUUUCCUGUGGAUCAGUUGCGAUUUUAGAUUUAAAACUGAAUCAAAUAGAAACUUGAUGGCACUGACACUUAAAAACACAUAGUAUAGUGUGGAGAAGGAAGAGCAAAUGAACUACACAACCCAUUAUAAAUGCAUUAAAUCUUUGUUAUAUACAUAAUGGAAUCCUGCUUUACUGCCAGUUGCUACUAUGCAUCUGCUUUUGCUAUUAUACAAAGUUUUCCGACCUGAAAGCACACAUCUACUUUUUUUAAACAACUUAAUCUAUUGUAAAAUAUUGUACUGUAUUUUGAACAUGAGUACAGAAUCAAAAUAGAUAAUGGCACAUUUAAAAAACUCAGUAUCCUACAGAUGACUGGAUAAUGAGAAAAAGUGUACCUACAAUCAUCUCAUCAGAAACAAACUACAUCAUGGAAUGUUAGUUAUCCAAGUUCGCACAGUAAAUAACAUUUUAAAACUGCAAUCACCUAUCAGCCAGCAUCACAUUGAAGGCAUCUUUAAACAUUCAAGCAAAAGACUGCUGGCAUUAACUACUGAACCAUUCUCACGCACACACCACACACACCACAUUAUAAUUACAUUGUUUCCAAGAUACGGUAGAUACUGAUUUUUUUUUUCCACAAGAAAGGUAUCAAAAUUUUUGCUACUAAAAGAUGACAGUGCUUACACAAGAAUUAAGUACAAGUUAGCUUGCAAAUACAAGACAAUGACAAAAAAAAGUCUUGAGUUGUCUGAAGAAGGAUUUUAGGCUUUUCUGGCAUCCAAAACCAUGAGUGAACUCCUUACUCUGCGACUCAAAAAUCCACAAAAUAUCAGCCUACUUUGGAAUACUAAACAUUCCAUAUUUGAUAACCCUGUAUUUUACAAUAUGCUUACUGGUUUCAGCCUAGCAACAAAGGGUAUUUAUAGAUAUCUAUUCUGACUGGAGAAAUAAAGCUCUCCUGCCCCCAGAAUGAAAGCAUUGGCGGGGGGGAAAAAAAACCACCUGACAUAAAUUUAAAAGAAAAAAAAAAAUCUCAAAUCUAUUUAGUAAUGAUCC